CUUUGAAUUUGGCUUGGGUUUACCUUGAAUUGUGUUUUGGUUUUUGGAUUGGGUAGCCGCGAGUUCCCCUGCAGAAUUUCUUCUUCUCUGCCGCCGGCUUCUCCCCCCUGCUAGGCUCGGUUUUGCUUGCUAAAUUCUGGUAAGUUGCCGACUUUUCCAAGCUUAAAAUUACCCAUUUAAUUGCUGGGUUUUGUCCAUUAGUUGAUGCUCUGUGUUGUCCGAAUCUGCUAGGAUAGGGGAUGAAUUUGGCAGCCCUUUUAAAUGUGUUUUAAGCUUGAUUAUAGCCAUUUUCUCCAUUUAUCUAUCCCGGGAGUUGGUAGCUUAAGUGGGUUUUUGUUUAAUUUAAGUGGAAAUUAGCUUGAAUUGGGUUGUUGUGAUUUUGGAGUGAAAUCCCGUGAGAUUAGUUAUUGUUUCGCCAAUUUCGGAAGUUGAAGUUACUGUUCACGGGUACUGUUCAUAGGUACUGUUCACACACCGAGUGUUAACGAUUAACGGGGAUUUAAAGGUUUAGUUUGUGAUAUAAGAAUGAAUUUGGAGACAUCCGGUUAUGUGGAGAUUGAUAGAAAUAGCACUAUGAUUAGGGGUAGUGCUAAUGAUGAUUUUACUUGAAUUUGUGGUUGUGCGGUAUUAAUGGUGGAAUAUUGUGAUUAGGUUUUGAUCGUUCUGUCACCGUGGCACUUGGGUUAGCCUUUUGUUCUGUGCGAGUGAGAUAAGUAAAUUAUGGUAAAGCCCUUUGAUUUUAAAGCAUGUUUUAAACUGUUUUUGAGAUGGUGGCAAGCUUUAAACUGAUUUUAUCAGUAUUUAAGUAUGAUUAAACUGAAAUGUAAAUUGUGAUGGUUUUUAUGAGAAUUUCAUUGUUUUCUGGAAUUGAGCAUGAUUGGAAUGAAAAUGGGAAUUUCAUUGUUUUGAGUAGAGCAUGCCUAUUUGGAAUUGACUGAAUUGUUUUGAUGAACUGAGAGUUUUGUAAAUUAUGAUUUUCUGUUAAAUCCAUGCCCACUUGGAAUUUUCUGGUUAUUUCUGAAAUUUGGGAUUUCGAUUGUGAAUUUAGGAUUUUGAUUGUGAAUUACGGAUUUCGAUUGGGAAUUUCAUAUUUUUUUGUAAAUCCUGCAUGGUUUUGUCUCUGAUAUAGUCAUGAUUUCCGAUCCCCACUAGUGGGUGUGUAGCACUUCCGAUCCCCGCUAGUGGGUGUAACGCUAGCACUUCCGAUCCCCGCUAGUGGGUGUGUUGCACUUCCGAUCCCCGCUAGUGGGUGUAACGCUAGCACCUCUGAUCCCCGCUAGUGGGUGUAACGCUAGCACAUGUCGACAUGUUUACUGAUAUGACGCCUGCCACUGGGCGAAUACAUUGGCACAUUCUGACGCCUGCCACUGGGCGAAUACAUUGGCAAAUUCCGACGCCUGCCACUGGGCGAAUACAUUGGCAAAUUUCUAUCGCUUGCCAGUGGGUUGUUAUAACACUGGCCAUGACUUAUAGAUGAGACUAAUGAACUGAAUUUGAUUCUGCAUUAACGGUUUUGUCAUGAAACGUUUUGUUAUUGAACUGAAUCUGAUUUUGCAUUGAUGGUUUGUCAGGAAACGUUUUGCUAUUGAACCGAAUUUGAUUUCCGCAUUAACGGUUUAUCAGUGAAAGUUCUGUUAUACUUACAUGGUUUAUCUGGCAUG